GACUAGGUUUCAUGGCCUAGAAGUUUCUUGAUAAAUAGGAGGCCACUUGGACCGGACAUUUCCAACUUUUCAGCAUCGUCUUCUCUCCCAAUAUACUCCACCGGGCACUAGCAAAUAUCAGUAUCAAACCACAACAUCAAAAGAAUGGGAGAGGUCAACAAUCAAAAACGGCAUUUUGUUUUGAUCCAUGGUUCAGUUGCAGGAGCUUGGAUAUGGUACAAGGUCAAGCCAAGGCUAGAGGAAGCUGGCCACCGUGUUACAGCUCUUGACAUGGCUGCAUCAGGGGUGAACACACAAAAAAUUGAAGAAGUUCGCACUUUUGAUCUGUAUAAUGAGCCCUUGAUGGAGUUCAUGGCCAAAUUACCUGAAAAUGAAAAGGUUGUAUUGGUGGGGCACAGCUUAGGUGGCUUGAAUCUGGCUUUUGCUAUGGAGAAAUUCCCAGAGAAGGUUUCUCUUGCUGUUUUUCUUACUGCAAUCUUGCCUGAUACCGUGCACCAGCCAUCAUAUAUGUUAGAAAAGUUUGCUGAAAUCGGUCCCAAGGACGAAGAGUGGCAAGACACUAUGUUUUCAUUCCAUGGAACCCCUGAAGAACCGCAUACAUGUGUUCACAUGGGAUGCGAGUUUAUGAAGUGCAAGCCCUUUCAUCUUUCCUCCGCUGAGGAUCUCGCUCUGCAGAUGCUCUUAAAUAGACCAGGAUCGCUGUUUGUGGAAAGCCUGUCCAAGGCAAAGCAGUUCACUGAUGAGAGAUAUGGAUCAGUGCCGCGAGUUUAUAUUGUUUGUACUGAGGAUUUAAUGAUGCCUGCCUCAUUUCAGCGCUGGAUGAUUGAGCAAAAUGGGGUAAAGGAAGUGAUGGAGAUUCCUGCAGAUCAUAUGCCAGUUUUUUCUACGCCUGCAGAACUCUGCCAUUCUAUACUGGAGUUGGCACGCAAGCAUGCUUAGAUUGCGUAUACGCUGCGUAUCCUUAGCUGAUGUGCUUAUUAUGUAUGUGAUAGUUGUGCAACCCAUCUUGGCUGCAUUUGAUUCGGAUUUGUGUUGGAUUGUAGAAGGAAUCGGGUUCUUUUUAUUUUUUAUUCAUUCAUGUUCGAUUGUAGAUGGAAUUGAAUCAUGUCCAUUGCUGGUGUGCUAAUUAUGUAUUAUGAUUUGAGCCUGUUAUGUUUGUUCACAAAGAUUCAAAAGAUUUGAACUUGAUAAGAAAGGUUCCGUUC